AUGUUUUCACACGCAAAGGCAGCGGCUGCCUUUCUGCCAUUUCUCUACUCAAACACCCUCGCUCAGGGCCAAGGAUCAUGGGGUCCAGUAAUCGACUUUCCGAUCAUUCCCGUUGCAGCCUAUAUCGUUCCGGAAUGGCCGACUCCGACUCGCAUGAUGGUGUAUUCGGCAUUCUCACCGAACGCCUUCGGGGGUGAACGUGGUCUCACUCAGUUCGCAGAGUACAAUUUGGUCUCCGGACAGAUGACUACUCGUCAGGUUGCUGAAACCAACCACGACAUGUUCUGCCCUGGUAUGAGCUCCUUGGCCGACGGAAGGUUGGUGAUCACAGGAGGAAGCAAUGCGGAGAAGACAACCAUAUACCAACCGGAGACAAACACAUUCGCUCCCGGACCGGAUAUGAAAGUACCCCGUGGCUACCAAAGUAGCGCUAUCCUCUCCAACGGAAAUGUCUUCACUAUUGGUGGAUCUUGGAGUGGCCCAAGAGGUGGAAAGCCAGGAGAGAUCUACGACCCCGUACAGAACACAUGGACACUUCUUCCUGGUGCUGCCGUCGAGCCGAUGUUGACGACCGACCACGAGGGUAUCUUCCGCGAGGACAACCACGCCUGGCUCUUUCCCUGGCGCAACGGCACUAUCUUCCAGGCCGGGCCCAGCAAAGCGAUGAACUGGUACUACACCGAUGGCGAAGGAGGCGUCAGCCCAGCAGGCAUCCGCGACGAUGUCAACGACGCCAUGUGCGGUGUCCACGUCAUGUACGAUGUUGGAAAGAUUUUCACUGCAGGUGGAGCCCAGUACUAUGAUCAAGCGCCCGGUCUCGCAGUCGCGCAUCUGAUGGAAAUCAACUACGUCGGCGCACCGGUGACAGCCGAACGAAUCGCCGAUAUGCACCACCCUCGCGCUUUCGCAAACAUCGUCGUCCUUCCCGACGGCAAGCUCUUGAUCACUGGUGGACAGCGUUGGGCUGCAGGCUUCACAGACAUCGACCCCGUCUUCAUCCCCGAGAUGUUUGACCCCGCAACCAAGACUUUUACCGAGCUGCCCGCUGAAGCCAUUCCUCGUAACUACCACUCCGUUUCUAUCUUACUACCCGAUGCCACCGUCUUCAGUGGAGGAGGAGGUCUCUGCUGGGAUGACGGAACCGGUGGACCGUCCUAUCACUGCAAAGACACAGUCGACCACCCCAACGGCCAGAUCUUUACACCAGCAUACCUCCAAACCGGCGCUCCUCGCCCGAUCAUCGAGAACGUUGCCAACAGCAUCGUCGCCCCAGGCGGUGAGCUGAGGGUCAAGAUGCAAGGUUCGGCCGACGGUGUGAAGUUCUCUUUCAUCAGGAUUGGAAGUGUUACACACAACGUCAACAGUGAUCAGAGGCGAAUUCCGCUCCAGCCAAGGGUUGAGGGUGAAGAGGUCGUCUUGCCCAUCAUGAAUGACUCUGGUGUCGUAUUGCCGGGAGCGUGGUAUCUGUUUGCUGUCAGUGCGGAGGGUGUGCCGAGUGUGGCUAGGACUGUGUGGGUGGAGAAGGUUUAA